CCAUGAAGCCCUAAAUCUCUCUCUCUCUCUCUCUCUCUCUCUCUCUCUCUCUCAUCCCCCGAUUCUCCUCGAUUUCUCCGCACCGAUACCGUGCGCGACCAAACCCUAACCCUAAUCCCCUCGCGAUCUUCUCACCUGCUCCUUCCCCUUUCAGGGGCCUGCUCUUUGCCUCGGUUUGGAAACCCUGGCCCCCGCGGCAUUAAUUCUCGGUUUGGGUUCUUCCGAUUUGGGUUCUUAGAAGGGGAACUGGUUGCUUUUUUUGUGAUUGCGAAACGUCGAAUUUGGGCGGGGUUUGUGGGGGACUCGGUGUGUGGGCGAUGGAGAUUGGGAGGUGGUUUUGGUGUUGGGUGGUUGGAUGGGGCUUGGAGAGUGAGAAAAUUGGGAGGUCGUGAAGGAGAGAGAGUGGGGGGAUUGUGGAUCGCUUUUUGAGAGGGUAUUUGCCAUGUACCAUCCCAAGAAAUUUUCUACUUUACACAUGGCUCCCCACAAAUCCCAAGGCAGUGAGCAAACUGGAAAUGUUUCAGUUAUGGAUGGCUCCAGUUUGAACAAUUCAACUAAUUCAGGGGGGGGUGGCAAGCAACGGCUGCGUUGGACUUCAGAUCUUCACGACCGUUUUGUUAAUGCAAUCACCCAACUUGGUGGACCAGAUAGAGCUACACCUAAAGGGGUUUUGAGAAUAAUGGGUGUACCAGGCAUCACCAUCUAUCAUGUAAAAAGCCAUUUACAGAAGUAUCGCCUUGCAAAGUUCCUACCCGAAUCUCCAGCUGAUGGCUCAAAGGAUGAGACGAAAGAUUCUGGUGAUACUCUUUCUGGCAAUGACUCUGCACCAGAAAUACAAAUAAAUGAAGCUCUGAAGAUGCAAAUGGAGGUUCAGAAGCGGCUGAACGAACAGCUUGAGGUACAGAAACAGUUGCAGCUGAGAAUCGAAGCACAGGGCCGGUACCUACAGAAGAUCAUCGAGGAGCAGCAGAAGCUCGACGGCGCCGUUAAAUCCUCUGAGGGCAACGAGGGCAACAAGAACGCAUCCGCAUCCUCGUCGAACUUAGAGGAUUGCCUGGGACACACCCCUUUCCCCAGCAAGAAACCAAGAAUAUCCAAUCCCCCAGCGGAACCUACUCUCGAAAAUACCAACCCAGAGUUGAAGCCCGAUUUCAUUCGACAAUUGGAACAUGAAAUAUUCGAAUCAAGUGUUGGUGAUUUUGUGUUGGGUGAAGCAAUAGAGUUCAAAGGGGAAGGCGGCAGCAGCGAACAGCUGGGGAAAGGAUUAGUUGAUGUUACUAGUGCGCAGGUAAGUUAAACGCAGUGCUUAAUAGUCGAAGAUUGUUGGAGCAGCUCCCAAUGUAAAUGUUGUUGUGUGGAAUACAUUAGUCUUUUAGAUCUGUCCUCUUUCAUGCAACUAUUGUAUGAUAUCAUUCAUAUACUUCAAUAAGCAGUACUUGGAAGUUAGUAAUCUUAGAGUGGACUGCGGAAGCAGGAAUCAGGAGAUUGUUGUGGAGCAGCAGCUUCAUCAUUCGUGUGGUACAAUUUAGGUAUCAGGUUUUCCUUGAGGCCUAGCUGUAUUUUAUCAGAAAGUGUCGUUUGAAUAAAACUGUAUGUAGAAGCACUAUUUUGCUUA